ACUCUGAACAACAUUAAGCAAACCUUACCAUUUUCAUUGCCCUUCCUCCUCUUUCUUCUCUCCCUCCUCCUCCCCCCCGUCCCUGUCGCCUAUAUAUACCGCCGCAUGCACCCCGCAGGCGGCAAGAACCGUCGCCGAGAUUCCGGACACACAGCCCCUUCUCUUUCGUUUCGACUCCAGGCGACACAGAAAGAGAGAGCGGCUCCCCCGAAAUGUGCGGAACAGAGAACACCACCCUGCCCAGCAGACGCCCCGCCGCCUCCAAUGGAACCGCCCGGUCCGCCCCCUCGCCGGACACCUCCUCCGUGAUCAACCUCGACCAGGGCGAUCCGACAAUGUACGAGGCUUACUGGAGAGCGAUGGGAGACAGGUGCUCCCUGACGAUCUCCGGGAGCGAUGCGAUGAGCUACCUCAGCAACCCGAAGGGCACGUGCUGGUUCCUGCUGCCGGAGCUCGAGAAAUCCAUCCGGAGGAUCCACGGGCUGGUCGGGAACGCUGCCGCGGAGGCCGAGGACGGCUGCUACAUCGUGGUCGGGACCGGCUCGACGCAGCUCGUUAACGCGGCCCUCUAUGCCCUCUGCCCACGGGACCAGCCCGAGCCCACCAGCGUGGUGUGUGCCGCGCCCUACUACUCGUGCUAUCAAGAGGUUGUAGAGCUCCUUCAAUCCAAACUCUACAAAUGGGAGGGAGACGCGCACAAAUUCAACAAGGACGAGCCUUUCAUCGAGAUUGUCACUACGCCGAACAACCCUGAUGGCUCGAUCCGCGAGCCUGUUGUGAACCGCCCAAACGGGAAGGUCGUGUACGACCUGGCCUAUUAUUGGCCGCACUUCACACCGAUUACUCAUCAAGCUGACUAUGACAUCAUGCUGUUCACCUUCUCAAAGUGCAGCGGCCAUGCCGGUUCUCGAAUUGGUUGGGCUAUUGUCAAGGACAAAGAAGUGGCUGCAAAGAUGACCAAGUUUGUGGAAGUGAUCUCGAUCGGCGUGUCCAAGGACUCCCAACUUCGAGCUGCCAAGAUAUUAGGGACAAUAUGUGACGACUGCCAAACAUUGGGCACCAACACUAAGUCAGAGAACUUCUUUAAUCACGCAAGGCGCCUCAUGACCGAGAGGUGGGAAAAGCUGCACGAAGCCGUCAAGCGCAGUGAGAGCUUCAGCCUUCCCAAGUACCCCAAAAAUUACUGCCGCUUCUCAGACGAGUUUUUUGAGACUCAUCCAGCAUUUGCGUGGCUGAAAUGCAACGACAAAGUGAAGGACUGUGAAAGCUUGCUGAAAGCACACAAGAUAUUGGCAAGGAGUGGGAGCCGCUUUGGGGCAGAUCCAGCGUAUGUCAGGCUUAGCUUGCUGGGCAGGGAAGAAGUAUUCAACAUCUUCCUGGAGAGGCUAUCCACCAUCAAAAUUGGAAUCAGCAACGGGAAUGGGCAUCACAUAUAAAUUAGAUCUAUAGUGGGUACUAUAGUUAAAUAAAUAAUGGGAACAGGUGACAAACUCAAGUUGAUAUAGACAGAAAAUUUUGUUGCAGCCUCUAGUUUCUAAUCAUGUAACCCCGAGGUGAUAGUUUGAAUGGCCUACUCUAUCAUCCAUCUGGUGGUUUAGGCUAAUACUUUAUCUUCAGAUCCAUGUAAUCCGCCUUCAAAAACUUUCAGUUCGUUAAUACAAGUCAAUUAUUUCCAAUUGAA